UAAUCGCGCACUCGUUGACGUGUAAAAUAGCUGGAAAAACGGAAAAUCACGGCGGAAAUUCGCGUGAUGUUAAGCUGGUUGAUUUUAUGCCCGAUCAAUCUAGGAUGCAUUAAUUAUAUUUUUGUGUUGUCAAGUUGACACUUAACGCAUAAAUGCGAGCACAAAGUAGAUGGUUCACCGUUCGUUAAUCUUAUUAAUAUUUCUUGCUAUUCAUUCUCUCGUAAAUUCUCUUCAUCCAAUUCAUGGCAGAUACACCAGAAAUAUAGAUGGAUAUCAAUUAGCAAUCCCUAGGAAAUUAAAUAGAAAUGGAAAGUUUUUAUCAUUUUCAUUACCACAUUUCUAUAAACACAACGGAGACGAAAUUUUAGAUAACAUUCAAACGCGAAGGAGGAGAAGUAUUGACGAUGCCGUUCAUUAUGGUGUUUUAAUAGAUGGGGAAUAUCACAAAUUAAGAUUAUGGCCAAAUAGAAAAUUAUUAUCUCCAAGAGCUAUUAUUGAAAAACGUAAUCCUAAUAUUAAACCCAACGAGAGGUACGUUCGUAGUUUAGAUGGUGAAAAAAUAUGUCAUUAUACAGGAAAAAUCCGAGGACAAAGAGAUUCUAAAGUAGCUUUAUCAACUUGUAAUGGAUUGGCAGGUUAUAUCAUGAACAAAGGUGACAGGUAUUUCGUUGAACCCUUAGCAGGGCAUUCUCCUAAUAAAAGAGGUCAUCACGUUCACAUGAUUUAUAAAAGAAGCACGUCAGAGCGAAUACAUAAACCUAUUAAGCAUUGUGGAACUGAUGAUGAUUGGGCAGCUGCAUGGAAAGAACAAUUAAAAAGGAAUUAUGAAUUGUACGGUGGAUUUAGAAAUGAAUCGAAAAGAGGGUUACAAAGUAUUCAUAGACAUAUGGAAAUUCUUAUUGUUUGUGAUAAAAGGUUUAUAGAACAUCAUAAAAAUGAAGAUAUUUUGCAAUAUAUUUUAACUGUGAUGAAUAUGGUUUACGAUUAUUACCACGACGCCACCGCCGGAAAUCAGGUUGAUGUUAUUAUCGUGAGGAUUAUUUACUUGGAAAAAGAAGAGGAAGAAAUCGAUCUUCUCAUCAAUCAUGAUUCGUCUAAAACUUUAGAGAGCUUUUGCAAGUGGCAAAUCACUGUAAAUCCAAAAGAUAUUCAUAACCCAAACCAUCACGACGUUGCUGUUUUAUUAACACGUCACGAUCUUUGCGCUACUAAUGGAGGAAGUUGUGAUUUAAUGGGAUUAGCGUAUGUUGGAACAGCUUGUAAUCCAAAUAAAAAUUGUGGAAUCAAUGAAGAUGCUGGGUUACUUUUAGGAAUCGUGGUUGCACACGAAGUUGGUCACAUAAUGGGGUGUGCUCACGAUACCCCUCAAGAUUCAGGAUGCGAAUCGAAAGAUUCGGAGGGUAGUUAUCAUAUUAUGGCUCCUUUCGUUCAUUUAAACACGCGAAGAUGGUCCGCUUGUAGCAAAACUUUUAUGACCACACUUUUCGACAAUGAUUUAGGGGAAUGUCUCAAUGAUGAACCAGAGGUAUCUUUGUACCAAUACGAAAUGGUUUUACCCGGUGUGGUUUACGAUAGUGAUUAUCAAUGUCGACAAAUCUUUCCGGGGAGCGAAACUUGCAUAAUCGAUCCGAUGAAGAGUUGUGAAGAAUUACUUUGUCGAAAACCAGGGGAGGAUUCUUGUAAAUCAGAUGGAUCUCCGCCCGCCGAAGGUACCAAAUGCGGCCCAAAUAAGUGGUGUAUAAAAAUGAAGUGUGUGGAGGUUGGAGAGAGACCACAAGCUACAAAUGGGGGAUGGGGAGAGUGGAGUGACUUUAGUAAAUGUUCGAGGACUUGUGGUGGUGGGGUUUCUUACGCAUCUAGGAAUUGUGAUAAUCCUAUUCCAAAAAAUGGGGGAAGAUAUUGUAUUGGGGAGAGGAAAAAAGUAAAAAUUUGUAACACCACGCCAUGCCCAGAAGGAUGUCCUAGUUAUCGAGCCGCUCAGUGCUCUGAGUAUAACAAACAACCAUGGGAAGGAAGAAUUUACGUUUGGUUACCAUAUCUUUUAAUUGAUAAACCUUGCGAACUACAUUGUAUCAAUCAAGAUAAUGUUUACGUAAAAUUAGCACCGCGAGCAAAAGAUGGUACUAAAUGUAAAGCAGGAACGCAUGAUAUGUGCAUUUCCGGUCAUUGCGCUAAAGUGGGAUGUGAUUUUCAAAUCAAUUCAAAUGCGAUAGAAGACAUUUGCGGAGUAUGUCAGGGAGACGGUACAACUUGUAAAUCGGUUGAGAAUACGUACGCUGGUCCACCUGGCCACGAAUACGUAAAGAUCGUCGUCAUUCCUAAGGGAUCUAGAAAUAUUAUAGUAGACGAAAAAGCUCCCUCCGUCAACACAAUCGCCGUCAGCGAUGAGGAUAAUAAGUAUUAUUUAAAUGGAGAAUUUACCGAAGUUGUUGAUGGCGAAAAGGAUUUUGGGGGAGUUGAAGGAAUGUACACUCAUCCAGAACCGGGUAAAGAAUUAUUAGAAAUUCAUGGACCGCUUAAGAAAAAUUUAGUGGUAUACGUUGUUUUUUAUCAAGCAGAAAACGUCGGAUAUUUUUAUAAUUACGCAGAACCAUCUCUUCAUUCAAAUUAUCAACCCCAUUAUCAUUGGGAAUUUUUAGAAUGGAACGAUUGCUCCGUGAGAUGCGGAGGAGGGACGCAAUCUUCAGAACCGAGUUGUGUUGAAGAAAAAGCUGGGAGAGUUUCCGACACGUUUUGUCACAACAUGGAAAAACCUAUUGCGAUGGUAAGAAGAUGUAAUGACGCACCAUGCAAAGUGAAGUGGAGAACCGGAAAGUGGAGUAAAUGUACGGCUUGUAAAAACCAAUCGGGUAUUAGAGUUCGUGAAGUUGAAUGUGUAAGAGAAAAUCCAAUUAGUGGAGCUGAUGAUAUCUUAGUGGAAGAUACUUUUUGUCCCCCUCCGAAACCAGGUACAAGAGAACUUUGCGACGCCCAGAAAUCGUGUACGAAAAAGCGCGAAAUCGAAAACGAAAUUCCUUCUUACAUACUCCGCGAACUUUGGUAUCAAACAAUCGUCGAUUACGUUAACGCCGAUUCAGCUGUAAGAAGAAGCAUAAUGAGCGCUCCACGUACGAUGAGGACAAUUAAUCGAGAUUUAAAACGUCACCUUCAAAAAUCUCUCAGCACCAAUCCCGAUGAAUGUCUUAAACUUCCGAUGCGCACCAAUCCAAAGAAAGAGAAGCAAUUAAAUAAAGGCGAUUUACACGUGGGAACAAUUAUUCAAGAUCGUAUUCCAAACGACGAACUUAAACUGAUUGAAAUUCCAUUGAAACAAUUAGGGGUUUCAAUGAACAUCUCAGAUUCGGUGUUUGAGAGUUUAGGAGAACAGGUUCCUGAUACUUUAGAUUUUGAACAUAAAAGAGUUUGUACUGGAAAACAAGCGGCUGAUAAAUUAACAGCUGCGGCUCAUAUGAAUAAUACAAUAUAAAAUUAAUUUUUAAAUUUAUUUUUAUAUUUUUAAAUAAAGUAUUUUUUGAAAC